AUGCUUGAAGUCAAAGGCCUGAAAGCCGUUAUUGCUGAAUCCGGGAAAGAGAUUCUCCAUGGCGUUGACCUCUGCAUUCGCGAAGGCGAGGUGCACGCGAUCAUGGGGAAGAACGGUUCGGGCAAGAGCACUCUUUCCAAGGUGCUGGUGGGUCACCCUGAUUAUGAAAUCACGGGUGGCUCUGUGACGUACCGCGGGGAGGAUCUGUUGGAGCUGGAGCCCGAGGAGAGGAGCCACGCGGGCGUGUUUUUGUCCUUCCAGUCGCCCGUGGAGCUGCCCGGAGUUAACAACGUCGACUUCCUGCGCCUCUCGUGCAACGCGCGCCGGGCAGCUAAAGGGCUGCCCGAAAUGGAACCUCUGGAGUUCUACGGCUUCCUGAGCCCCAAGCUGGAGGAGCUCAACAUGGAUCUCAAGUACCUGCAGCGCAACGUGAACGAGGGGUUCAGCGGCGGCGAGAAGAAGCGCAACGAGAUCCUCCAGCUCGCUGUGCUGGACGCUGAGCUGGCCAUCCUGGAUGAGAUCGACUCAGGGCUGGACGUGGACGCGCUCAGAGACGUCGCCACUGCGGUCAACUCCCUGAAGCGGCCUGAGAAGGCGGUGCUGAUGAUCACCCACUACCAGCGUUUGUUGGAUUACAUUCGCCCCGACUACAUCCAUAUCAUGGAGCAAGGCCGCAUUGUGCUGACUGGCGAUGCAUCUCUGGCAUCGCAGCUGGAGGAGAAGGGUUAUGCGGGCAUUCAGAGCUAG